AUGGACAAGGUUGGGAGUGUUGUGACAAUGGUACCUAUUAUGAAUAGAACCAAUUACGAGUGUUGGCAGACUCGCAUGGAGGCCUACCUCAAAACCUUGGUUCACGAGGUUUGGAGGAAUGUUGUCAAAACAUGGGAUCCUCCUAGAAUUGUAAGUACAUAUGGCACUGUUACUGAGGUACUUAAGGCUGAAGAAGAUUGGGAUGAUAAGGAGAUAUCAUCAGCUCAAGCAAACUUCAAAGCAUUAUAUGUUAUAUUCAGGAGGUUCGAAGAGGAUGCCUUCAUGAUGAUCAGUCGAUCUAAACAAGCCAAAUGUUCCUGGGAAAUUAUAAGGGAGAUCUAUGAAAAAUAUUCCCAGACAAGGAUGAUAAAUGUCCAACUUCUUAACGCCAAGUUUGAAAACUUAAGACUGAAGGAAGAUGAAAGUCUCCAAAACUUUCACAUGAAUAUUCAACACGUGGUAAGUGAGUUUGAAGACUUGAGAGAGAAGAUGUCAGAAGACAAGGUGGUCAAAAAGAUACCCAGACCUCUUCCAGAAAGGUUUGAUAAGAAACUAGUCUACAUUAUAAACUCAUAUCAGCUGAGUACGAUGAUUGUGGAUAAUCUUAUAACUUUGCUACGAACUGUUGAGAGAUUAUUCUUAUACUCUCUUUAUAUUUUGGAUAUGUUGAGAUUAUGUGAUAUGUGGCCUUAG